AUGGCUGCAAAGCUAGAAGUGUUUACAUUGGAGGACAUAAAAGCUUUCACCGACAACUUCAACAAGAAGAACAUGGUGGGAGAUGUCCAAUUUGGCAAAGUAUAUAGAGGAAAGAUUGAAGGAGGCACGAAUAUUGGAGCAGAAGCUCGAGAUGUGACAGUGAAGAUAUGGAAUAAGUUGUCUGAUUACAUCGCCUUCACAUAUGAUGAGUAUAUGAUGGUCAAAGAAGAAGUUGAGUUUUUAGAAAAUCCAACAAUGAAAGGCCAUCCCAACUUGGCAAAACUGAUAGGCUAUUGCUGUGAAGAAGUAAAGGGUGUUGUUUAUGAGCUUAGUCCAAGAGAUUCUCUGCGAAACCUAAUGGUGAAAGAUGAUCUCAAGUGGGUUCAGAGGAUCAAUAUUAUUCUUGAACUUGCACGCCUUCUUAAGUUUCUUCAUUCUCAAGACAAGCCAUAUCCGGUCUUCAAUGUCAUUGCAUCUCAUAUACUGCUCGAUUGGGAUUUGAAGCCAAAAUUAAUUGAUUUUCCAGUAGUUAGCAAAGGGAUCAUGGGUGAAAGGAGUACACAAAAGAAGUACAUUCGCUGUGUGGAUCCCUAUUUUAAUCUACGAGGAGGUGAUUGGGAAACAAGCUGUGAAGUCUUUUCAUUUGGUAUUAUUCUCCUGGGACUAAUAUCCAAAGGAAUUUCCGACCUUGAGGAACAGGAAAAUCCUGACCUAAUUCUGGACCAUAUGCUACACUCUUGGGCCAAGAUGGAAUACAGACCCCACUGUUCUCUUGCCCACAAAUCCCUUCAAGAAGACUGGGGAUAUCUUGCUGAAGACGGCACUGCAAUUACAGAGCUGGGGAUGCAUUGCAUCGAGUUUGUUCCAGUGAAUCGUCCUUCUAUGGAGGAUGUUCUUGUGCGUCUUGAAAGUUUACAUAUUUUUCAACGUCUUGGUGACUCAAGACCUCACAAAAGGGACAAGAAAUUUCAUGAUGAUCCAAUGUGCAUGUGA